CGACGUUAUGCAGCUGCAGGACGGUUCCCCGUGCCACUAAUGUAUCGCUAUUACGGUUGUCACUAUUUGGGUGCGGCACAUGGUGUGAUGGGCAUUUUACAGAUGUUACUUUGCUUUUCUGAAUUUCUGGAUGGUCAAGCGAAAAAGGACACCAUAGAAACUCUGGAUUGGAUUGUGUCGCUUCAGCUGAAGAAUGGUAACUUCCCAGCAGAGGUGGAAGAACGGGGUAUCGAUCUUGGUGAAGAUGAACUGGUUCACUGGUGUCACGGUGCCACCGGAUCUGUACAUCUGAUGAUUGUUGCAUAUUUACGUACUCAUAACGAGCAUUAUCUGAAGGUCGGUGUCACAUUUCACAUGUUUUUGUGUGAUGUUCCAUCUCGCUUCAUUUUUUAUUUGGCAGUAUAA